GGAAUGCAAUAGCCUGAUUGUCCCAGAGACCAGCUCUGGGCUGAGCACAGUGUGAAUGGAGAACUGCUGUCUCUGGGAAGUGUACAAACAGAGCUGCUGUGAGGCUACUGCUUCUCUGGGCUGACCCAAAAACCUCUUUUCCGUGCUUACCUGAUUCCAUUGUUGUGUUUUAAAAUCCUGUUGGCAGCAGUCAAUCUGGCAAUAAUGAAAGAAGUUUUAACUUUGAAGGUUCUUGGGAUGGGAGUGGAGGCUACAGAGCUGGUGGUUGCCCUGGUCAGUGGUCUUCACUGCCCUUUCUGGGUAGACAAAAUGCAUACAGUUUUAGAUCACAAAAAUGUAUAAUAUGCGAAUGUUGAAAAAAACAAACAAACAAAACAAAAAAACAACCCUCAAACAAACAAAACAAAAAAAAAAUUCAACUUGUGUAUCUAAAAGUUUGGGCAUAUUUUUGCACUGUUAGCAGUUAAGUAGAAACAUUGUACAGGUAGAAGCUUUUAGUGAAUAAUAUUUAUGUUAAUAAGUUUGCUGUCCAAAACACUUUGUUUGCUUGAAAUGGUUAAAUGGAGGAUAGAGUGAAAUUACCUUCUGCUUCUCUUCACAGGCUGAAGAACAAUGGCUUCCUUCAGCAACCUGACUAUUGGCAUUGCUGUUGCCAGUUUUACUGUAUUUCAACUCCUGUUCCAUGUUGUAAGUUCUCGGGUGUCGUCACGAAUAACCCCUGGUUUUAAGAAUCUCAGCCAAAAAAGGAAGAUUGAAUGGAAUUCAAGGACAGUGUCCACAUUCCACGCCUUGGUGGUUGGAGGGUUUUGCCUAUAUAUUUUAUUGUAUGAUGAUGCUGUUAAUGCUGACCCUCUCUGGGGUGAUCCUUCAAUUGUGAAGCUGAAUAUUGCUAUUACUACAGGCUACCUCAUUUCUGAUCUGUUGCUUAUUAUUUUCUACUGGAAGGCAAUUGGUGACAAAUUUUUUGUAAUACAUCACUUGGCAGCUCUGUAUGCUUACUAUUUUGUACUGAGCAAAGGUCUGCUGGCUUACUUUGGAAACUUCCGUCUCCUGGCAGAGUUCUCCACUCCUUUUGUCAAUCAGCGGUGGUUUUUUGAAGUACUGGGAUAUCCCAAAUCUUCAAAGGCCAACAUCAUCAAUGGUAUGCUGAUGACAGUUGUGUUCUUCGUGGUGAGGAUUGCCGUCAUGCCUGUAUAUUACAGCCAUGUAAUUUCUUCAUUUGGAACAGAAGGUUUCCAGAGAUUAGGAUUUGCAGCCCAGAGCGCCUGGAUUAUCUCAAGUGUUGUCUUGGAUAUUAUGAAUGUGAUGUGGAUGGUCAAAAUUGCAAAAGGAUGCUGCAAGGUUAUUUAUCUUAUUGGACGGGAGGAAGCGAAAACUCACAGAAAUGGAAAAUCUGCCUAG